AUGAUGCAUAACCUCACAAUAAUGUUAACUUCAAGGGCACCGCUCCUGCUCCUGGUGUCCUACCUGCUAUUGCGGGAGAAUGUGACCUCUGCACCCAUCUGUGUCAAGAGGGAUGGUGAUACCCAGAAGACAUUAGAGAAACUGUUUAAAUUGACUACCUUUAUGUCUCAGAUCACCAGAAGCCAAGCUGCAAAAAUGUUCACUGAAUUUGAUAAACAGUAUGCCCAGGGCAAGAGUUACAAUGACAGGUUCCCCGACAGCUGCCCCACUGAUUCUUUUGAUACUCCAGAAAACAAGGAGCAAGUUCUAGAAAGCAAUCCAGAAGUACUACUGAAUUUGAUAAGCAGUCUACUGUAUUCCUGGAGUGACCCUCUGUUUCAUCUUGUGAAUGAAAUGUCUGCAUUGCAAGGAGACACUUAUGCUAUUCUCUCCAAAGCCAGAGAGAUUCAGGCAAAAUUUGAAGAACUCAGGAUGGGAGUUAAAGCAAUACUCAACAAGAUUGGAGAGAAGGAUAAUGAUACCCACGUUGUCUGGUCUGGUCUGCCAUCCUUACAGUCAAGCAAUGAAGAUGUUCGCCAUUUUUCCUUUUAUAACCUGAUCCGCUGCUUGCUCAGAGAUUCCCACAGAGUAAACACUUACUUUGAGGUCCUCAAGUACAGAAUGAUUCAUCAAAGUAACUGCUAACAGCA